CGGUGAUCCACUUCCUCAAUCCUUAUCCUGGAUUGAUUCCAGCUUGCAGGCGAAUACUGGCCCACUCUGAUAACAAGGUGGUAACGAGUCCCGGAUAUGUCCUCUGGGCAAUGUGACCAGCCCCCUGUCUUCUGCUAUCACACGCUCUUAUCGAAUCCCACAUGGGUUCUGUUCAUAUGCAACGAAUAAUCCAUGUAGCGGGGUAGUUCGAUGCGAGUAGCACAUCCGAACUUAUGUUAAAGCUCAAGCGUAUGCUUUCUCCUAUGACUGCACCGGUCCUCGACACAUAGAUAACUCACCUUCGUUCUCAGUCAUGUCGACCGAGCCAAAUACCACUAAAGAUGACAAGAAAACGCCGACCAUGUCAAAAGAUAUGGAGGUCCAGCUCAGCAGUACGGAUGGCAUCUCCCUCAAGAAGCAAGAGAGCGCUAUCGAAGGCGAAGUGGAAGACCUCGACGAAGCGAACCUGUUCCUCAGGCAACACAACAUCACGCCGGAGUACAUGGCUGAGCUCCUCGAGGAUAACAUAGCCAAUAAGCGCGUUUCCCGAAAAGUCGAUCUGUUACUGUUACCACUAUUAUGUGGAACCUUCUUCCUCCAGUACAUCGACAAGCAAGCAAUGGGCUACUCCGCCGUCUUCGAUCUUUUCGAGACUACUGGUAUCACCGGUGAUCAGUACUCCUGGCUGGCAUCGAUCUUUUACUUUGCCUAUUUGUUCGCUGAAUGGCCAUCCGCAUACCUUGCGCAGCACUUUCCAACAGGCCGAGUGGUGUCACUCUUCUGCUUCUGUUGGGGCUCAAUUAUGCUGCUUACAGCUGCUACGCACAACUUCGCGGGCUUCGCUGUCAUGCGCUUCCUCUUGGGUGUCUUCGAGAGUGUUGUGACGCCCGCAUUCAUGAUGAUCGUUGGAAUGUGGUACGUAGGGAAACAACAGCCCGCAAGAGCGGGUAUGUUCUACUGCUUCAACGGCCUCGGUAGUGCCAUCGGAGGCAUCCUCUUCUAUGGCGCCGGAUAUGCGAAGAGCUUCGUCGUCUGGAAGAUCAUAUACAUCAUCUGUGGAGGUAUGACCGUCUUAUGGUCUGUAGUCCUCUUCUUCAGAUUGCCGAACAACAUCAUGACAGCAAAGAGCUUCACUAUCGAAGAGAAGGCUCUCCUGAUCGCUCGCGCCGCCAGCAAUCGCACUGGAGUGUAUAAUCGCAAGAUCAAGCUGCCUCAGGUCUGGGAGGCCUUGAUUGACCCGCAAAUCUGGAUACUCUUUCUGUUUGUCACGCUCAACGAAAUGAUCAACGGUGGCACUGCAAAUUUCGGCAAGCUCAUUGUCAAGGACGCAGCGGGAGGUGAUCCGCUCAAGACAACGUUGUAUGGUAUCCCGCAGGGUUUCGCUCAAGUGUUCUGGGUUUUCACGGGCCCUUUUCUCGCCUCUAGGCUACCGAACGCGCGCACAUACAUCAUGGCUCUUUAUCUCUGUCCCACGAUUAUCGGCGCAUGUCUGAUCUGGCAGUUGCCGCGCACUAAUCUGGCUGGGUGUUUAGCGGGCUAUUAUAUGAUUGGCGCAUUCGUUGGCUCUCUGGUGAUUGCGCUUCAAUUUCCGGCAUCAAACGUAGGCGGCUACACCAAGCGUACUACUAGCACAGCUUUCGUCUUCCUAGGUUAUUGUGUUGGUAACAUCAUCGGGCCACAAGCUUUCCUGGCGAAGGAAGCGCCCAAAUACGAGACCGGUGUAAGGAUGAUCUUGGGAUGCGCAGUCUCACAGGUUGUGCUAGCGCUUUGCCUGCGAGCCCUGCUCGUACGGCGGAACGCGCAGCGCGAUCGCGAAGAAGCCGAGAGCUCGUUUGCGCAAGGCAUUGAUUCAAGCGACGUGGAUGCCAUUGAGGAUACCACCGACUUCCAUAACAGGAAGUUCCGGUAUAGUAUAUAAGUUUGACGUCGGCAUUGGAUACACCAUCAUAAUGCUGCCAUUGUUAGCGUGUUACCAUACCUUGAUCGAUCUGAUCAAAGAACGAGCAUCUUUGCCUACCUGCCA